AUGAGGAGUGCCCUGCUGUUUGCAGUUAUCCUGGCCCUCAGCUUGGCUUGGAGUUUUGGGGCGGUGUGUGAGGAGUCACAGGAACAGGUGGUGCCUGGUGGGAGCCACAGCAAGAAGGACUCGAAUCUCUACCAGCUGCCCCCGUCGUUGCUCCGGAGACUCUAUGACAGCCGCUCAGUCUCCCUAGAUGGAUUGCUCAAAAUGCUGAGCAAGGCUAGCGUGGGUCCUAAGGAGUCGUCACUUCCCCAGAAACGUGACAUGCAUGACUUCUUUGUGGGUCUCAUGGGCAAGAGGAACAUCCAGCCAGACAAUCCUAUUGAUGUGAACCAAGAGAACGUCCCCAGCUUUGGCACCUUCAAGUAUCCCUCCAAUGUGGAAUGAACACUCCACUUCUGGACUCCUGGGCUGCAUCGUGAAGACACCUGUCACCCUCUCCCAAUCCCCAGGUGCAUGCACUCCUAUUUCCCUUCCUCUCCCACAUCCUUGUAACACUCCUGUGCUUUGACCCCUUCUCCAACCCUCUACCCCACCCGCUGUAGAAACUGCCUAGUGAGCCCCCCCAGUCCCUGCAGGCAUUGACUAUAGAUUGCCCUGGAGUUUCUGUAGCAUCCUAAAAAUAUGAUG